AUGUUUUUACAGAUAUUUAUACAUUAUCUGAAAGAGCUUAGGCAAUUGUCGGAAAAACAAAUUAAUGCGAAAAUUGACGAUUAUCUGGAAUAUAUUUCGGGGAAAAACAGAUUUAGAAUGAGUGAAAAAAAUACCACCCAGAAAACUGAGGAAAAGGCUGAUAAAAUAGUAAAAAAGGCUAAUGGAACAAUGAAAAAGGGAGUAGCAGUAGCAGUUCUGGUGAAGAAAGUACCAAUUCUGAAAGCGAAACUAGUAACGAUAAAUGCGGCAAUUACAUAA